UUUUUUUCUUUUUCGCGGAAUCGUCCGCCCGGCAGCGCGGGGCUGCGGGUCGCGAUGGCCGCCUCCCUCCCCCUCGGUGCCACCGUCUGCACCCCCGGGGCGGCCCGCAACAGCAAAAAGCGUCCGGCCAGCCCCGCCGGCAACGGCAGCAGCAAGAAGAGGAAAGUGGCGGCUUCCUCCUACGGCCAGGGCAUCAGUAUCGAGUCCGUGAGCGAGACCAAGACGGUCUCAAUGGAUUCUGGCGCCGGCCCGGUCGAUGCGACGGCUAAACCUCUGCCAUUUAAGGAUCCGAACUUUGUGCAUUCUGGCAUUGGGGGAGUAACAGCUGGCAAGAAGAACAGAACCUGGAAGAAUCUGAAACACAUUCUCGCUUCCGAAAGGGCAUUACCAUGGCAACUGGACGAUCCUAGCUACUUCAGCAUUGAUGCCCCACUGUCUUUCAAACCUGCAAAGAAAUAUUCGGAUAUUUCAGGACUUAUUGCCAACUACACGGAUCCCCAGAGCAAGCUGCGGUUCAGUACGAUCGAGGAAUUCUCCUACAUCCGGAUGCUCCCCUCAGACGUAGUCACGGGCUACCUGGCUCUGAGAAAGGCCACCAGUGUGGUACCCUGAGCGUUGAUGUCGAGGAGACCUGGCCGGCCUCAGGACUGUUCCCCGGGGAUCCCAAACUAUCACAAGUGCCCUGUACCCCGGGAGAAACGUUUGGGUGUAAAUGGGAUUUUUCUUUUUUUAAACGAAACUUGCCACUUUUUCAGAAUUUUGUUUUAAGGUGUUUGUUAAACUCGUACGGUGUUUUGGGUGUAAAUGGGAUCUUCUUCGAAUAAAACUUGCCGCUUUUUCGGA